AUGCAACCAUUUGCAGGGCUUCGCCAGCUCACUGCCAGCAUCUCGGCAGCGAAUCGCCAGAGCCUUUGGCAGCAUGCCUGGGCCGCCUGGCUCCGUUACGGAGGGGAGCUCGAGCUCGACGCCUUUGUGCUGAGCGCCGCCGCAGCAACCUGCAACCGUGGCCAUCUUUGGAAGGAUGCAGUGGGUUUACUAGCUCAAGCGGCGCAAUCGAACAUUAUUGUGGAUGUGGCCUUGCAGAAUGCGGCCUUGGGUGCUGGUGCGAAGUGUGCACGGUGGCAAGGCGCCCUGCAGAUCACAGGUCCGAAAGCAGGAGAUGAUCUCAAGCCUACGACAAUUAGCUUCAACUCUGCAGCAGAUGCCUGCAGCAAAGGGUCGCGCUGGGAAAGUUCAACUGCCAUACUUGAGGCCAUUCCGCAUCGACGCUUGUGCGCAUCCUCGAGGACAUCAGGUACCCUGGUAGCGGCUGCAGAACGAGGAUCCCAGUGGCAGAAGGCCUUGUCUUUGAUUCAAGAUGGUCCACGUCUACGUGAAGGUCAGGAGGUCAGCAUUGUGACGUUCAAUGCAGCAAUAACGGCCAUGGAGAGGGCGAGCCAGUGGCAGCAUGCCAUGCUGCUUCUUUGGCAGUCUUCCCGGGAAGGUUUGAGACCGACGUCUACCUCCAUAAACUCGACUCUAAGCGCCUGUGCUCGCUCUGGCAAGUGGCAGCUAUCCCUUUCUUUGCUGAACAUGGCGAGCAGCUUGCAGGUCCAGGUUGAUACCAUCAGCUGGAACUCGGUCAUAAGCGCCUGCUCUCGGAUGCGGCAAUGGGAGAUGGGCAUAGUUUGCUUACAGUGCAUGGAGCUGCAGCGGCUAGCGGCCGAUUGUGUUUCAUUCGCAGCCGUUGUGGACUCGCUGCCGUGUUCUGAGCAUGCGGAGCAGAGUCAUCUAACUUGUGAGCUCCUUUUAUUGAUGCGUGAGCAGGUUGUGGAGACUGAUGAAGUCCUGGCCACUGCCAUCUUGAGUGGCCAAGCCAAGGCUGAAAGGUGGCGCGUGGCAUGCCACACACUCCAAGAAUCCCUGGCGGCAGGCCUUAGUGUCGACAAGGUGAUGCUUGGCGCGGCUGCAGAUUCCUGCGGUCGCACAGGGAUUUGGCCACGGGCGUUGGCACUGGUAAGUGGGGUCACCAUGAAUUUGCCGACGGCCAAUGCCGUCCUGAACGGCUUCGCGAAGAAUCCGCCGUCCUGGGAGCAAGCGGCGUGCUUCUUCUCCAGCCUGUUCCAGGUCUCGCUGCAGCCCGAUCUUCUAUCGAUCAGCGGCCUUUCUGCAAGUGGUUCUUGGGCGGCCUCCCUCUAUCAGGCAGACGCGCUUUUCAGCGAAGGGGUGGAUGAGAUCUUCUAUGAGGCGCUGCUCGCCACGAUCGUCUCGUGCCGGGCUUUCAUGGUAACACCACCAAUAUUACAGCGGCUCAAGGCUGCGGCAUUGAGCUGCUGGAGGAGGCACCAAAGACAUUCGGAUGCAGAGAGUCGAACGAAGCGCCAAGCUGCGAGUGAGACGCGAGAAAAUAUGUCGUUUUUGGUUCGGCAUGGAAGCAAUGCCUGA